CUUCCCUUUGCAGAUGAGGAAGCUGAGGCCCGGGGCACCUGUCCGCCCCGGGGCGCCGAGACCCGGGUUCUCCAUCGAUACCCCGAGAGGCUCUAGCGAAAGCCCUUUGUGAAGAGGCGCCUGCUGGGGCGCCGCCCGCGGUGGCUCCGGCGGUCACUAGGGCCGGUGUUUGGGAGUCUCUUGUCAGAACGCGGUGGCAGGGUGCGAGGCCCAAAGCACAGGGGCAAACCUCGUCCCAGUCUCCCACAGACCUUGUCAGGCUGGGCAGAGCGGCAGCUCCCUCCUGCGAGGUGCCGGACUUUCGUGAUGAGUUCACCUGCUGGUCUGUUUUCUCUGGGCUGCGAUCAGCGUUUAUCAGCUUUACCUGGAACGAGUCAGUGUUAAUAAGGAGUCACAAAACCCCCUAAGGAUUUGCAAGGAGGAACAACGGAUGCCACAAAGCCUCUGCCCAGCCCAGUCUGGCCAACUUGGGGGCUGGGAGCUAGACUUUGGCUUCCUGAUUAGACCAAACUAACUGUGCUCUUUACCGGAAAAGGCAGCUACGGCAGCAUUCCGCCACAGGCGGCAAAAGACAGAUCUGAAUCAAGUGAAAUAUCAUAACUUCAAAGGCCUAUAGUACCCUUCUAGAAUUUUCUGAACCACGAACUGCUUGUGUGGUCAAGUAUAUAUUAAAGACUCUUUCUUGCUCCAGAUCGACCGUGGGCGCCCUGCUGGCAUCUAAGCUGGGAUGGAAAUUCUACGAUGCGGACGACUAUCACCCAGAGGAAAACCGAAUGAAGAUGGGAAAAGGGAUCCCGCUGAAGGACCAGGACAGGAUUCCAUGGCUCUGCAACUUACAUGACAUUUUACUAAGAGAUAUAGCCUCUGGACAGCAUGUGGUUCUAGCCUGUUCAGCUCUGAAGAAAGCGUACAGAGACGUCUUAAUACGAGGAAAACAAUGUGCACCCCUGCAGUGUGAUGAGACGGGGAAGGACAAACAGCCGGCUGAGGUGAAGCUCCUUGUGGUCCAUCUGAGUGGGUCGUUUGAGGUCAUCUCUAGACGUUUACUCAAAAGAAAAGGACAUUUUAUGCCCCCUGAGUUAUUGCAGUCCCAGUUCGAUACUUUGGAGCCCCCAUCGGCUCCAGAAAAUUUCAUCCAAAUCAGUGUGGACAAAAACCUUUCAGAGAUAAUUGCUACAGUCAUGGAAACUCUAAAAUGAGAAUAUACUGUUUCAGCUCGGGGGUCCAGAACAAUCAAGCAGACACCUCUGUCCCAUCCCAAACUAUGUUCCAGUGUCUUUGCCAAUACCAUAUUCUAAAUUCUUGGGGUGAACAAGCCCUAGUGUACUGAGCUAUACUUGUCUGGGUGUAUUUUUAGGAAUUUGUGCUCUGGCACCUGGGGAGGAGACGGGAGGGAGCUUUGAAAGUAAAGCUUCAACAGAAAUCCAAAUUCCUGUGAUCUAAACAGAUGACCAGAGGGAAUUCUAUAAUCGAUGCUGUAAAUCACAACCUUAUUCAGAACAUCCCUGAUCAUGUCUGUAUUUGAACAAAUAAAUGAAACCUGGCUAUCCUUGGCAUCCCCUGGAAAUUGGUCCCAGGAGCAGAAACUCGUACAGAAUCGACCGCUCACCGAUGCGUCACGUCACACCACACGCUUCCUAAUCCUCUUUCUUUGGAUCAUCUCAAGACAAAUAUGUAAAAAGCACAUAUAGUUCAUGGAUAUAAAACACUGCAGAGGUGGAACUUCAGUGGAUGAAGAAUGGGACUCACCCAACUGUCCCCACUCAUUUCACGGAGACCCCUGUGAGACUAGGCUGGUGGCAGCCACCUGCCCUCCUGCUGCUAAAGUUGUCAGCAGAGGACUCUAGACAAAGAGCACCAGAGCCGCUAUGGCCUGACAUGAAACGAACCUCCCCCCGGGGCAGCAAUGGUCCAGGGGCAACUGGGCUGGGUGAGGCUGUGCGGGAGGCUGGAGGCCCUGGUGCGUUCUGGGCCAGCACCGCCUGCGUUUCCGCCCUGCCCCCAGAGGCUCCAGAAAGAAGCAUUCUUACCCACCUAUCCUAACCUCUGUCCUAGC